GCUCCUGUUUCUAAUCAACACUUAUUUUAUUGUUUUCCCCUUUCUCCUGUGACGUUACUCCUCACACAGCUCAGCUCCGGGCAGCACGAAGAAGGUUGUAAAGCCGGGCACGCGCUCUCCAGCACUAGCUCUUCUGCUUCUCCUGCAGUUCAGUUAACAGCUUCCUGGAUCGUUUCCCUGAGCAGCUGGAUGCUCCUCACCUUCCUCUUGUGUGGUUUUGCACUCUGUUCCCAGCCCUGAGACGAUGUCCUGGAAGGAGGAACAUAUGAGUCCACCCCCAUGUUUCAUCCAGCGCCUGGACCACCUCGUGUUGACUGUUAAGAGCAUUGAGGACACUGUCGCCUUCUACUCCAAAGUCCUGGGCAUGGAAGUGGUGACUUUCAAGGGAAAUCGCAAAGCUUUACGUUUUGGCAACCAGAAAUUUAACCUGCAUGAGGCUGGGAAGGAAUUUGAACCCAAGGCUCGCCAUCCGGUCCCCGGCUCUGCAGAUAUCUGCCUUAUCACACAGGCACCCCUGGAGCAGCUUCUGACUCAUCUGAAGGCCUGUGGGGUGAUCAUUGAAGAAGGUCCUGUGGCCAGGACUGGUGCUGUGGGUCCAAUAACAUCCAUCUACUUCCGAGACCCCGAUGAGAACCUGAUUGAGGUUUCUAGGUACAGCACAGACAUGAGUGCAGUCAGCGGAGGGGAGCCCUAACCAUAACCCAUACUCUCUGCCUGAGUCCCAGCAGGAGGAGAGCAGUUCCCCAGCUGGCCACACUGCGGUAGCAAUGUUAUCAUCAAGGAAACAGUGCUGGAAUGCAGAGAGAACUCUUCUGACCUCUACAGUCAAAAUCACCUCUAAAACGAAAUAAUCAGUGAAUUGAUUUUUUUUUUAAUGUUAUUUCCUGGAAAAUCCAUCUCCUCCAUGGUGGAAAAAAAGCAAAUUCCUAAUAAAUGCAGUGCU